AUGCCGCACGGGGAGACCGAGCCGCUCCUCCCUCGCUACGAGGAGGACACGACCCUCCAGCGCCGCCUGCAUCAGAAACUACACUCCUAUCAGAUGCUCCGCGCCCUUUCGGAGGGCUACAUGCCGUCGACCGACCAAGUCAUCGCCAACCUGCGCACCCUAUUGGCCUCCGACAUUCUCAACCCGCGGUCUCAGGAGAUCGGCUCCGUCGGUCGCCAAUUGAUUCGGGAUUGCCGUCUCUGGAUCCAGGUAUUCAUCGAGCUCCUGCGGGACAAGAACGGCUCCGACCAGCUGCAGGAGUUUCUGUGGCAUCUGGCCCGAUCGCGCGCCUCCCUAGACCCGAGUCAUAUCUCGCAACAUGCGGCGCAGGUGAAGGCGAGGGCGGACACCAAGGCCGCGUAUGAUAGUCUUCGAACCAUUGGACAGCUCCUGCUGACCAAUGCCGAUUUCCGGCUUUUCGUCGAUGAUCUGACCACCGUCGGUCGACAAAUUUUCUCGGACACGGCGUUCUCGUUGUCCAAUGCCUCGCAGCAGGUGGGCGAGCAGCUGAAACCGUCGGAGAAUGAUGUCCAGGCUGUGCAGGAAGCAGGCGCAGACGAGGGUCGUGCGCCGACCAAGGAGGACUUGCGCCACGAGGCGGAAGAAGUCGUCGAUGCCACCGGCCGUGGGGUGGUGCGGACCGGCAGGGACGCCGUUGAUAGCGCCAAACAGCAUCUCGGCGAACGGGAGAAAGACACGCUGUUCUAUCGGCUGAAACAGGCCGUCUUGACGCUGCGAAAAAGACCAGACUAUACGGAUUCCGUCGCCGCGCUAGGGCCGCUGGUGAAUCGGUAUGCCGCGAUCUAUGCCAAUGCGGCCGCCGAUGUGGUCACCACCGCCGAGGAGGAGGUGGACAUCAACGCGGAUCUCAAGGAGGCGAUGGAGAAGUUCUGGGUGUUGCUUCGGUCGUUUGGCGACGCUGAGGAGUGGAAGGUGCUGGAGCAGGACUUCUCCCAAGUGCUGCAGCAUGCGAACAAAGAUCCCGAGUUCGAGAAGUUGAUGUCGGAAAUUGGGUACUCUAUCCAGGAGAUGCUGACGAACCCUGAAUUUUUCGACAGUGCUUCAGAGAAGAUCAGCGAGCUGGAAGGCAAGUCUAAGCAAGUGGGCGCGGGGUCUAGUUUGCGCCAGGAUGUGGAUGCCUUCCUGGUGCAGGCCAAACGGACGCUGCGAACAGUCCCGGAGGAUACCUCGGUGUCUAAGCUGGUGGAUGUCACCAGCAAAAUCUACAAGGACGCAUGGACCGGCUAUCAGGACCAGAAAAGCCGAUUGCCGGUGGAUAUUCUCGAGGUACUCUUCCCUAUCGUCCUCCGCCACCUCCAGUACAUCCCAAUCCCACGGCUGGAGAUCUCAGCGCCGGAACUUGAUCUUCUGCUGGAGAACUUGAUCCUGGAGCCGGGCCACGGGGUCCAAUACUCUUCUUUCCUUCCCUAUCGCAUGCAUGUCACCACGCGCAACGACAUCGACAUCCUGAAGCGACACUCGAAACGGACCGAGACCGACCUCAAGACCACCUUCACCGCCACCGUCAUGGGCCUCAACAUCAGCGCCGCGGAAUUCGGAUACUGGCUGCGCACGCACACCGGCCCGUUCUGCCUCUUCAAAGACGAAGGCAUCGCCAGCUUCUUCCUCGACCGCCGAGGCGUCGACAUCUCGCUAGACAUCGAAGUCGGCCGCGAACGGCUCGAGCAGAUCUUCACCCUGCGCGGCGUGCGCGUCGUCAUCCACAAGCUGAACUACACGGUCCACCGCAGCCGAUGGCGCUUCCUUCUCUGGCUGACCAAGCCUUUCCUCAAGCACAUGUUCCGACGGGUUCUGGAAAAGAAAAUCGCCGAACAGAUCGUCCAGGCUGCAUUUACCCUGAACCGCGAGCUGGUCUUCGCCCGGGAACGCCUGCGCGCCGCUCAGAUCGCCAAUCCCCGCGACCUGGCCAGUCUGGUGCGGGCCAUCCUCGCUCGCUUGAAGCCCGUGUCGGACGUGGAAACCCGCAUCGCUCUGGACGCGCCGGGCCACGGCGUCUUCAAGGGCGUCUAUACCCCGGGGAGUCUGGCGAAGGUGUGGCACGAGGAAGCGCUCCGGGCCCAGGAGGCGAUUGAAGACGGGGACGAAACUCAACGACUAGGACGGACAUGGCGGAAUGAUAUCUUUGAUGUUCCGAGACGGUGA